CUCAGUGACACUGCGUGGUUGCGCUGCUCUGCAGGACGUUAAAUAGCCAGCUAUCUGCUCAGGCUAUCUGCCCGAUAGAGAGAACAAAUUGUGACAGGAAUUUAUCGCCACACGCGCGCACACAUACACACUCACACACGUGUGUGUGUAUAUAAAUAUAUACACACACACACACCAGAAACGCAUAACGCUUCCAGAAUGAUUUGAAGGAUCGUGGGGACCGGCGCAUUCGUAAGUAGCCUAUACCGCAAUCUGAUAAAUCUGGACUGACUACUCAAACAGCGCUACUCUCCAGUGCCCUACCACCGCUUAAGGAAAUAUCUAUUUUUAAAAUCGUACCUAUUUUUUGCUUGUAAGAAAUCUGAUAACUUUUUUUUCUCCGAACCAUUCCAUUGUGACGCAUAUUUUACGCUCACGUCUAUUGCAUGUCGUUCUGUGGUGGACUCCUGAGGUGUUAAAAACUUUUUUAUUCUGGUCAUGUACAACACUCGCUGCAUGCUGCAGUAACUUCAGCCCUGAACACUGCACUCCUGCAGAGAGCCUGGACUUUAAACACUAUCCUCGCGUCAGUGGUGAAAAAGGAUACAGGAACGUAUUGUUUUUAAAACGGCAAAAACGCAAGAAAAGGAACAACCAGAACGGGAGAGAAGAUAAUCUACUGAUUUUCAAACUACUCACUCAAGGACUGUAAAUCAAAGUCGGUCCAGAGGUGGAGCGAGGACAAGACAGGUUGGUGUCUCAAAAUUUCACCCCGGGGUUCGAGUUUCAGCCGGUCCUGGCCCGUGGUAUUAAGGCGUGCAUUUGACCUGGGAUAAGUUGUCAACAAGAGAAGCGGCGGAGGCGAACUGGCAGGUGUACAAGUUAAUUUACAUGCAUACAUAUAUUCACGCCGCUAUAAAUAGUAGUUGGUUUGAGGACUAGAAGCUUUAUACGACGCCAACCCCCUCCUCUACAUCUUCUAUCUAAACUCACAACCCAACCGGAACGGGCGUGUGCGCGUGCCUAUAUAAAAAUAUACACACGCCACCGCAACUACCUUUUCGAUUUGAAGAAGCAAUCUGCCUCCGCAAGGGCUGCCCAGUCUCGGUUUGGCUGUGAGGGCGGGAGUCGUCGCAUGGACUGACAUGGCCACCGACCUCGCCAUGAGCACAGAGCUACCCAAUAGCCCCCUGGCCAUCGAGUAUGUUAACGAUUUCGACCUUAUGAAGUUCGAAGUAAAGAAGGAGCCUCCAGAAGCAGACCGUUACUGUCAUCGCCUCCCGCCAGGAUCCCUCUCCUCCACCCCGAUCAGCACACCCUGCUCCUCCGUGCCUUCCUCGCCCAGCUUCUGCGCCCCCAGCCCCGGUGGCCAGUCGAGCCAGAACUUGGCCAACGGGGUCAACAGCAACAACAGCGGCAGCAGCAACCCACAGAGUGCAGGCGGUAAGCCGCAACUGGAGGACCUGUACUGGAUCCCCAGCUACCAGCACCACAUUAAUCCUGAGGCGCUCAACCUGACACCGGAGGAUGCAGUGGAGGCCCUGAUCGGCAACGCCCAUCACCAUCAUCACCACCACCAGGGCUACGAGGGCUUCCGCGGCCAGCAGUAUGUAGGGGAGGAUCUGUCCGCGGCGUCAGUUGGUCACCACCACCAGGCCCAUCAUCACCACCACCACCACGGACACCGCCUCGAGGACCGCUUCUCGGACGAGCAGCUGGUCAGCAUGACAGUGCGCGAGCUCAACCGGCAACUGAGGGGGUUCAGCAAAGAGGAAGUUAUCCGCCUGAAGCAGAAGAGACGUACGCUGAAGAAUCGGGGCUACGCGCAGUCCUGCCGUUACAAGCGCGUGCAACAGAGGCACAUGCUGGAGAGCGAGAAGUGUACGCUGCUGAGCCAGGUGGAACAGCUAAAGCAGGACGUCGCACGCCUGGCCAAAGAGCGGGACCUCUACAAGGAGAAGUACGAGAAGUUGGCGAGCCGAAGCUAUAACGGUGGCGGACAGGGUAACAACAACAGAGACCCCUCCAACGGAAACCACGGGAAACCGGCCUCCACGGAAUUCUUCAUGUAAGAGACUGAUUCGUGACAUAAGACUUUUGUCCCCUUCUUAAAUAUUUUUUAUAACUUAUUUAUUUCUCUCAGUUUGCGUUUUUGUUUACAGUUAGGCUAUGCCUUUAGGGAAAAAGACUCCGUGUACAUUUUUAAGUACAUUAACAAAUGCUUAAUAUUUAAAGAAACAAGCAAGGUAGAUGCGCACAUAAGUGGCCUAAUCUAUGUGCGCAGAUAUAAUUGUAGUCUUAAAGAUGCCGUUUGUUUGAAUGAACUCCAAUACACCAAGACCUCUUGAUCUAGACAUGGGAUCACAAACUUUCUGUCACAACAAUUAACAGAUUAUUAUUUUAUGAUGCAAUAGAUCUCAGAGAAACUCUGAUUUAACAUUUAAGUCUUACUGGAAAAAGUGAAUCACACUUGGCAACGUACGCACACAGGACAGAAAAACAAAACCGAAAACCCCCAUGUUUUUCAUAGACAUUAAAUCCGUCCUGGUU